AUGUCCCUGCGAAUUUUGUUUGUACUCGCGGUAGCGACUCACUUAACGGUGAUGAUACUGGCAGACGGCGGCGGUGGUCAUAAGAAAGUUAUUAUUCAUGUACCACUCUUCGUAAAACACCAUCAUCACAAACACACCAUAGUCAAGCACAUCCACCACAAGAGCGGUGGCGGUGGAGGCGAUGAUCAUUAUGAAGUUCUCGGUUACACAUACGGCGAACCCAAAGCCGCUCCUCAUUUCGGUGGAGGACAUGGUUGGAGUGCUGCAGAAGAAAGUCACGAUUCUCCAGUCAGUUUUAGUGGUGGCGACCACGGUAGUUACUCACUUAGUGCCGAUGACUAUGGAGGACAUGGUUAUUAA